GGCGCGUUGGACAGUGGACGCAUCGCAUUGCAACGCAAUAAACACGAGGGACUCAUUUCUCUCUCUGUUUCACGGCGACGCUAUUGCAAUGAGUUCACCGGAGACGCGGCGGAACCACUCCAUUACGUCAUCCAGUUCCACCACCUCCGACGACGGACCUAGUCCUCCGAUCAUAUUCCACUUGCCGCACCUCUCAUUGAGCCUCUUCGACGGCGAGCAUCAAGAGCCCAACGGAUCUUCCCUCCGACCCUCCUCCGAGCCGUCGAGCCCUAGCACCACCGCCACGAGCACCGUUCGCCAUGAAAUUGAGGAGAUGACGAUCCAUGAUUCCGCCGGAGCCUCCAGCUUCCCUGAGAAAAAACCACAUCACGAUGAUGAUGAGGACGAUGCUUCCAUUUCAUGGAGGAAAAGGAAGAAGCAUUUCUUUGUUCUGAGUCAUUCUGGCAAACCAAUAUAUUCUAGAUACGGAGAUGAACACAAGCUUGCUGGUUUUUCAGCAACUUUGCAAGCAAUCAUUUCCUUUGUGGAGAAUGGAGGUGAUCGUGUCAAAUUCGUGAGGGCUGGAAAGCAUCAGGUUGUUUUUCUUGUCAAAGGACCAAUUUACUUAGUCUGCAUCAGCUGCACAGAAGAGCCUUAUGAGUCAUUAAGGGGGCAGUUGGAUCUUAUUUAUGGUCAGAUUAUUGUAAUACUAACAAAGUCAGUAAACAGAUGUUUUGAGAAGAAUUCAAAGUUUGAUAUGUCACCCUUGCUUGGUGGAACAGAUAUUGUCUUCUCUUCACUAAUCCACUCUUUUAGUUGGAAUCCAGCCACAUUUCUUCAUGCCUAUACUUGUCUACCUCUUGCGUAUGGGACAAGGCAAGCUGCUGGUGCUAUCUUGCAAGAUGUUGCAGAUUCAGGUGUUCUGUUUGCAGUACUGAUGUGCAGACACAAGGUAAUUAGUCUAGUUGGUGCUCAGAAAGCCUCUCUUCAUCCUGAUGAUAUGCUGCUGUUGUCCAACUUUGUCAUGUCAUCAGAAUCCUUUAGGACAUCAGAAGCAUUUUCUCCUGUUUGCUUGCCAAGAUACAAUCCUUUGGCAUUUUUGUACGCUUAUAUCCACUAUUUUGAUGACAACACAUACCUGAUGUUGUUGACGACUAGUUCUGAGGCAUUUUACCAUCUUAAGGAUUGCAGGAUUCGUAUCGAAACGGUCCUUUUGAAGUCAAAUAUACUUCGUGAAGUUCAGACAUCCUUGUUAGAAGGUGGGAUGCGUGUUGAGGAUCUGCCACCCUUACCUCGUUCUGGAUCAUCUUCUCAUUUGGGCCAGCAUAGGCUUCAAUCAGAUUCUCCUGAAAUAUUGAGGGAAUCAAAUUCUGGCAUUGGUGGUGCUGCUGGGUUGUGGCAUUUCAUAUAUCGCAGCAUAUAUCUGGAUCAAUAUGUUUCUUCAGAGUUCUCACCGCCUAUUAACACUCCUCAGCAGCAGAAAAGAUUGUAUAGAGCGUAUCAGAAACUUUUUGUAUCCAUGCAUGAUAAAGGAAUUGGGCCACACAAAACUCAGUUUAGAAGGGAUGAAAACUAUGUUCUGCUCUGUUGGGUAACACAGGAUUUUGAGCUUUAUGCUGCGUUUGAUCCCCUUGCAGAUAAGGCCUUGGCAAUAAAGACUUGCAACCGGGUGUGUCAAUGGGUAAAAGAUGUGGAAAAUGAAAUAUUUUUGCUAGGAGUUAGCCCCUUUUCAUGGUGAUUUCCUAUCAAACACUGUAAACAUUUUGCUAAGUGUCAUGCCCAAAACAUCUCAGUCUAAUGCCAUCAUCAUCAUCAGCUGUGAGAGUACAUGAAUCAUGGAUGAUUACUGCUUCUGGUACAUAAAGAUCUAAGUAUUUGAAUUUUUUUUGUUUUUUGUUACUAUAUGGCAUGUGUUGUAGCUCUUGAAGUGCUGAACUAUAAAAGGACCAUUUCCCUGAAAAACAAGGCAUGACUAGUACUUCUAGGUCCUAGGACAUAUCACAUGGCCAAUAAAAAGGAUGAGGUUUCUAUCCAUCCAAUAUUUUAUUUUACUUCAUUUUUCGCUUCUUAUUUUUAAAUAUA